CGGCGUAGGGCCCCGCCCGGCCGCCGGCAGGGGGAAGGGCCGCGGGCUGGGAGGGCUGGCGCGCCGCCCGCCGCGCACGCAGAGAAACGGCCGCCGCCAUCUCCGGCUGCCGGCCCGCCCAUCGCGGCCGGGCGGUGAGACGAGGCGAUGAGGAGCCGCAGUAAUUCGGGAGUGCGCCUGGACGGCUACGCCCGCCUGGUGCAGCGGACCAUCCUCUGCCACCAGAACCCAGUUACAGGGCUGCUUUCAGCUGGUACGGACCAUAAGGAUGCGUGGGUACGGGACAAUGUCUAUAGCAUCCUUGCAGUGUGGGGGCUUGGCAUGGCCUACAGAAAGAACGCAGACCGGGAUGAGGACAAGGCCAAAGCCUAUGAGCUUGAGCAGAACGUUGUGAAGCUGAUGCGAGGUCUCUUACAGUGCAUGAUGAGACAGGUAGAUAAGGUGGAGAAGUUCAAACGCACACAGAGUACCAAGGACUGCCUGCACGCCAAGUACAACUCUGCUACUUGUGCCACAGUGGUUGGAGAUGAUCAGUGGGGACAUCUGCAAGUUGAUGCCACUUCUCUUUACUUGCUCUUCUUGGCACAGAUGACUGCAUCAGGGUUACGUAUCAUUUUCACCCUUGAUGAAGUUACCUUUAUUCAGAAUCUUGUUUUUUACAUAGAAGCUGCCUACAAAGUUGCUGAUUAUGGAAUUUGGGAACGUGGUGAUAAGACAAACCAAGGCAUCCCAGAACUGAACGCAAGCUCCGUAGGGAUGGCCAAAGCUGCUUUGGAAGCAAUUGACGAAUUAGAUCUUUUUGGAGCUCAUGGAGGGCAUAAAUCAGUGAUUCAUGUUCUUCCCGAUGAAGUAGAACAUUGUCAGUCUAUACUAUACUCCAUGUUGCCAAGGGCAUCCACGUCAAAGGAAAUAGAUGCUGGCCUUCUCUCCAUAAUUUCAUACCCAGCUUUUGCAGUGGAGGAUAUAAACCUUGUUAAUAUAACCAAGAGUGAAAUCAUAUCCAAAUUGCAGGGCCGCUAUGGCUGCUGUCGCUUUCUCCGAGAUGGCUACAAGACACCCAGAGAGGAUCCAAGCAGAUUGCACUAUGAUCCUGCUGAGCUCAAGCUGUUUGAGAAUAUUGAAUGUGAGUGGCCGGUGUUCUGGACGUACUUCUUAAUUGAUGGAGUAUUUAAUGAGGACAAAAUUCAGGUAGAAGAGUACAGAGAGGCUUUGGAAGGAAUACUCAUCAGAGAAAAGAAUGGAAUAGUUCUAAUGCCUGAACUGUAUGCAGUCCCUUCAGAAAAGGUUGAUGAGGAGUAUGAAAAUCCUCACUCAGUGGAUCGUAUCCCAGUGGGAAAGCUGCCUCAUCUUUGGGGUCAGUCUUUGUACAUCCUUAGCUGCUUAUUAGCAGAGGGAUUUCUGGCUGCGGGUGAAAUUGAUCCCUUAAACAGAAGAUUUUCCACUGGAUUUAAACCUGAUGUUGUGGUACAAGUAACUGUUCUGGCAGAAACUAAUCAAAUUAAGAAUCUUUUGCAAGACCAUGGAAUCAAUGUUCAGAGCAUUGCUGAUAUCCAUCCACUCAGAGUGCAGCCAGCUCGCAUCCUAAGUAAUCUCUACACCAUGCUAGGUCGGAAUGAGAACAUGAAAUUAAGUGGACGGCCACACCGACACAUUGGAGUGCUGGGUACCUCCAAGCUAUACGUGAUAAGAAACCAAAUAUUUGCUUUUACCCCUCAGUUUACUGACCAGCAUCACUUCUAUCUGGCUCUAGACAAUCAGAUGAUUGUGGAGAUGCUCAAGAUAGAACUGGCUUACCUCACUUCUUGUUGGAGGAUGACAGGGAGACCAACUGUGACGUUUCCCAUCACCCACACGAUGCUUGUUGACGAUGGUACUGACAUUCAUCCAGCAGUUCUUGCCACCAUACGAAAAUUAGAGGAUGGUUAUUUCGGUGGUGCAAGGGUGAAGAUAGGCAAGCUGUCAGAAUUUCUUACCACAUCUUUUCAUACGCAUCUGAGCUUCCUGGAUCCAGACUGUGAUAUAAAACUAUUUGAUGACUCUCAUGGAGGCUGUUGUAGCCCUGACAGUGAAUAUGGAGGCUAUCCAGCAGAUUUCUGUGAAAAAGAAAGCCAGGAUGAGCUGGAUCAGUAUAUAAAUGAUAUCCUGCAGAGUACAGCACUGAAGUCAUAUCUGCCUCCAACUUCAAAGACUGCUCAUCAGCCACUUGUGUUCAGUGCAAACCAUUCCACACAAGAGAUACUGUCAAUAAUGGCCAAGGCAAAGGGUUUGGAGAUUCCAGCUGUUUCCAUGUCUCUUCCAACUAAAGUUCUGAACACGCACCGGAAGUCCUUGAAUCUUGUUGAUAUUCCCCUUUCCCUUGAGAAAAAGGACCAUGAAAAGGUUUUGAACUUAGCUAAAGAUGCUCAUGGUGAUUUGGAUUGCAGGAAGCUUGUUGAGCAGCUGAAGGAAUGUCCAACGCUCCAUGAUCAAGCAGAUAUCUUAUAUAUCUUGCAUAUACUAAAAGGCCCUGAUUGGGAUACGCAGCUGAAUGGACAAUGUGGAGUCACUGUUCAUUGUCUGCUCAAUGAGCUCUACAGAAAGGCAGGCCUCAAUCAAGAGUGGGGCUUAAUCCGUUAUAUUUCUGGUAUACUUAAAAAGAGACUGGAAGUCCUGGCAGAGGCAUGCACAGACCUCCUGUCACACCACAAGCAGCUUACAGUGGGGCUGCCACCAGAACCCCGCGAGAAAAUCAUUACCACCCCUCUGCCACCUGAGGAGCUCACAGAUCUUAUUUAUGAAGCCAGUGGCCAAGACAUCAGUAUUGCUGUCCUGACACAGGAAAUAAUUAUGUACCUGGCAAUGUAUGUCCGAUCGCAGCCUAGUCUUUUCAUGGAGAUGCUCAGGCUCCGCAUUGGUCUGAUAAUUCAGGUGAUGGCCACUGAGCUGGCUCGGAGUCUGAAAUGCUCAGGUGAAGAAGCUUCAGAGAGUUUGAUGAAUCUAAGCCCUUUUGAUAUGAAAAAUCUCCUACACCAUAUUCUCAGUGGAAAAGAGUUUGGUGUGGAAAGAAGCUUGCGACCUAUGGAUUCUUCUUCAUCCAGCCCUGCAAUUUCUAUUCAUGAAAUGGGGCCUUCUGGAGCAACGAAAACAGAAAGAAGUGGUAUUACUAAAUUGAAGAGUGAGAUGAAGCAGUUCUUUCAUGAGGGCCACUCCAUGUCCAGCAGCAUGUUCGCUUCCAGGAGGAGCAGUACUCCACCAUCUCCUUCCAGUACUUCUCCCACCAGUUCCAGCGGAGACAUUAGUUGGGGUGACCGCAAAGGGCAGUGGCUGCGCAGAAGAAGGCUUGAUGGUGCCAUUAACAGAGUUCCUGUUGGCUUUUAUGAGAAAGUAUGGAAGAUUCUUCAGAAGUGCCAUGGUCUGUCCAUUGAUGGGUAUGUCCUUCCUUCUUCAACCACCAGAGAGAUGACCCCAUGUGAAAUCAAGUUUGCUGUACAUGUGGAGUCUGUGCUGAACCACGUCCCCCAGCCUGAGUAUCGGCAGCUCCUAGUGGAAGCCAUUCUCGUCCUCACAUUCCUGUCUGACAUCGAGGUGAACAGCAUUGGGGGGAUCAUCCAUGUAGACCAAAUAGUGCACAUGGCCAACGACCUCUUCCUGCAGGAACUGAAAUCAUACGGAGCUACAGGUGGUAUCUUGGAGAAGGAUGUGGCCACAGGAAUUUGUCACUUCUUUUAUGACAGUGCCCCAAGUGGGGCCUACGGGACCAUGACGUACCUGACGAAAGCCAUAAUUAUUUAUUUGCAGGAUUUCCUGCCUAGCACAGGCUGUGUGAUGCAGUAAGCAAUGUCUCACUAGGGAAAAGAGGCUAGGAAGCUUCUCCCUGUUUUGCUGCCUGUUUGCUGUGUGUCAGCAGAUAUACCAGUCACAGUGUUAUGUUACCUGCACACCUGCCUGAGGGGGACAGGUGGGUGGAAUGUGACCUCAUUUUAAGGGAGGGUGUGAGAAAGAGCAAAUAACGAGGCUUAUUCUGCCUAAACUGCGUAAAUGUAAUUCGUAUUAAAUUAGCAAGAAUUAGUUCUGCCAAGGGGGAAACAGAUUACUCUGUGGAGAUCAAAAGGCAUAAUAAAACGAGGGAGCUGAAUCUCAGGCACAGAAUUUCCCAAAUAAGGGAAAUAAUGGAACUCAUUAGUUUUUCUCCUGCCAAUCUGUAAAUCUACAUUGCUGUGAAUCACUAAUGUGCAGUGUGAAACAUUCAGGGGGAAUGUAAAUGAAAGGAAUUGGGAGAACUGGAAACAACCAGGUGGUAUUUUUAAUACAAGUUCACCCUGAUUCUCAUCUCGUUUGCACCUCGUUAGUGCAGGGCUAGCGCCAGUAGAGACAAAUGUCUUACAAUAGCCACUAAUUGGAGAUGAUAGCAGCUCUCAGGGAGAUGCCUUUCGCUUUAAUCUGAACAAAGCUGCUUCCUUCCCUCCGCAGGCACAGUCUCAAGACUCCAACUGCUCCGAGGUGACAGGGAAUUUUAUGCUGUAUUCUUUUUCUCUGAACAGAGAAAGAUAGAUCUCAGCCACUUAAGCACCCUUCCAUCUCUCCUGAUCGUUUCCCUUGCAAAUAGCCUCAGUGCUGAGAAUGGCGUAAUAGCCGCCCUUCCAGUGCAGGGAGAGUUUAUAGAAAGCUUUGAUUUUUCCUCUCUGUCUUUGUUUCCCCCCCCUUUUUUUUCUAUUAUUAUUAUUUUUUUCUUUGAAGGCACACUUGUCACUCAUGGCUAGGGAUGGGCUCUCUGGAAGUCUCCCUCCAGCCAUCUCCCAGUUUUGUGCCUGUUAUCACCAUGAGUAGGUCUGCUGCAAGCAGCUGUGUGGCUGCUUUGAGCUGCUGCGACUCCUGCUGGGAAAUGGCUCCACAGUCACUUAACGUGGCAGCAGAGAGAGGUUGGAUGAAAAGAGGGCAGCAAAGCCUCUGUCUCAGCUGCCAGUUACUGGCACGGUGGUGUCGGGGAAGAUGAGCUUCAGGUGGCAGAGCCACACCAGAGGUGCUGCUGCCACAUCUGUGCUCUUGCUUGGGAGAGAGAAGGCAGGUGGGGGUGGGAAGCCUGAGGAGGUGAUGCAGAAGUAACAGGAGAACUUGGCAGUCUGCGGACCCUGAAGCUUCUCUGAGGAUGCGCUGGAAGAGUCAAGCAAGGUCUGUGCUAGAUGUAGAUAGGUUAGGAUAAAGAGGUGGCUUAGACUGAAACAAGUGUUUGGAACCUACAAAACAUUAAAUUCUCUCCCC